AUGCCCGCCCAGCGGAUUCGUCGCGCGCCUCUCCGCGCGCCGCUCCUGUGCGUGCUGUGCCUCCUCUGCCUCGUCCGCUCUUUUCCCGUCGCAGACCUCGCGUCACCUGCACGCUCCUCGCCAUCGCAGCUGUCGCCCACUCUCGCUCGUCGUCGUCUGACCCAAUUGCCCGCGCCUGAUCCCCCCUCGCAAUCCCUCGCCCCGUCGUCUGUGGCGGGGUGGGCGGCAGGCGAGGGAUGGGAGAGUGACACGUGGCGCGAUCUGAGUGGCGAGUUUGAUGAGUCGGAUGACGAGGGUGGCGAGGGCAGCAGCCGGCGGGGUAAAGAAGAUGGGGGGAAUCAGAUGCUGGGCCAGGGGGGGGAGCAAGCGCAGGGGAAGAGGGAAAAGCAGGGAAUAGGGGGAAUGGCGGGGCUGGGGAGCGCAGAGCAGGGGGGAGCGGGCGAGGCCAUGGGGGCGGACGGGUGGGCGGGUCAGCAUCCGGGUAUGGGCGCGCGUGGUGAUGGGGCGGCUGACACAGCACAGGCAGCAGAGGGGGCGAGCGGGGGCAGGUGGGGGCUUGAGGAGGCGGACACGGAGCGGGUGGCGUGGCGGGUGGAGGAGGCGUGGAGGGAGUGGGACCGAGUCGUGGGGUGCGAGCGAUUCCGAGCCAAACACGCAGGUCACAGCAGCAGCAGUGGUGGCGGCAGCAGCAGCUUCCAGGGCGAUGAGGCGAGUGACUGCUCGGUGCUGAAACUGCCCCACGUGACUGUGCAGAUCAUGGCGUCGUCAUCGCUGCCGUCGUGGCUGGAGGGCUUCUUCACGUGCCCCUGCGGCCUCACCUGCACGCUCUCACGCAGUGAGGUGCUGGCGGCGCGCCCACACGCCAUGCUGUACGAGGGGGGCGCGCCCAGGGGGGUCCGGGUCAAGGGCGAGCCACUGCUGGUGCACGUGGCCAUGGAGGCGAGGGAAGAAGGGGGAGAGGGGGGAGAGGGGGCGCAGUGGAGUGGAUGUGACGGUGGGGUAUGGGCCAGGGGCGGACGUGCAGUGCUCGUAUGCCAGCAACCUGCUGCUCGCCGACCACAACCCCCUCAUCGCUGCCUCCAAGUCCCCCGCUCUUACCAUCUUCCACGCCUCGUCACGAUACUCGCCGUGGCGGGCGGCAGCAGCACCGCUGCUACUGGCACACCCCCUCACACACCGCUUCGGCCUGCAGACGCCCCUCCCACUGCGCCACUCCCUGCACCGCGCCUUCCCCCGCUGCCAUCGCACUUCCUCUUCUCCCUCGCUAUCGAACGCCACCACCGCCCCGCCUACGUCACCGAGAAGUUCCUCCUGCCCCUCCUCGCAGGCAGUGUGCCGAUAUACUACGGGGCGCCAGACGUGAGCACUUUUGCCCCACCGGAGUCGUUCAUAGAGGGCGGGGCGGAGAGCGAGGAGAGCAUAGUGCAGCGCGUGCAAGCCAUGCGAGGCAACGCCACGGCGUACCUCUCUCUGCACGCCUGGCGCCGGUGCGGAGUGCUGGGGGGCCUGCAGCGAGCGCUGCGGAUGGGGUUUGACACUCUGCCGUGCCGCCUGUGCCAUCGCAUCAGCGCCAUGGGGGGCCGCGCACAUACCUCGCACCCUCGCUCUGCUGAAGAGGAUGCUGCUGGUGGGGGUGAUGGAGAUGCCAUGAUCUCGGCCACAUCAGUGAUCUAA